AUGUCUUCUCCCAACCGCUUUGCUGGCAUUCCCCCCCUCCCUACCCACGAUCUCCUCUCUGCCCACCUUGUCCCCUCCCCUCUGCCAACCUACCCAUCCGAACCACUGCAAAGGUCCAUCAUUCCUCCUUCCCUCCCCCCUCCCCACCCCAAUCUCUACCAACCUUCUUACUCCCUCGCUGCCAACGUUCCCCUCUCCCUGUCAACCUCUUCCCCUCUCUCUCUACCAACCACCCCCAUCCGUCCCAACCCCCUCUCCCCUCUCUGCCUGCAUGCCCUCCCCCAUCCCUGCCUAGCUUCCCUCAAACCCCUCUGCCAUCCUAUUCCCGCAUCUCCCGACUCCCGACCCUGCCAACCUCCCUUCCUCCCCAUCCAUUGGGGAUGGUGGUUACCUAAAGAGGCGGCAGCAUGCCGGACAGUUGCCCCCCCUCCUCCCUCUCUUUGUCAACGGCCCUUUCCUCCUCUGCCACCACCGGUCCUGCUGCAUCUGCUCUCGCUCUAUCGAUGUGAUACCCGCUUUCAGCUGAGUAAGAAUGUCCCUGCAAGAGGAUUAACGGCCAGGCACACAGGACGUGGUUCACACCCGAUAAGGCCGUCGCUCUCCCUCCCAUUCCCCGUAUCCUCUCCCUCACUCUCCGCCAUCACCUCUCCCUCCCACUCCGCCAUCGCCUCUUCCUCCCACCUCACAAUCACUCCGUCCCACCCCGCCAUCUCCUCUCCCUUACCUCCCCACCGUUGCCUCUCCCUCCUCCGCGCCGUCGCCUCUCCCUCCUCCGCGCCGUCGCCUCUCCCUCCUCCGCGCCGUCGCCUCUCCCUCCUCCGCGCCGUCGCCUCUCCCUCCUCCGCGGCGUCGCCUCUCCCUCCUCUGCGCAGUCGCCUCUCCCUCCUCCGCGCCGUCGCCUCUCCCUCCUCCCCGCCGUCGCCCUCCCUCCUCCCCGCCGUUGCCUCUCCCUCCUCCCCGCCGUCGCCCUCCCUCCUCCCCGCCGUCGCGCCCGGGGCGCAAGCGCGGAUUGGUGCGCAAGCGCAGAUUGCGCGUGAGGGAGCGCGUGAGAGAGCGAGUGCGCGUGAGAGUGCGCAUGAGAGAGCGCGAGAGAGAGCGCAUGAGAGAGCGCGUGAGAGAGCACGUGUCAGAGAGCGCGUGAGAGAGUGCGUGAGAGAGUGCGUGAGAGAGCGCGUGAGAGAGCGCGUGAGGGAGCGCGUGAGAGAGCGAGUGCUCGUGAGAGUGCGCGUGAGAGAGCGCGUGAGAGAGCGCGUGAGAGAGCGCGUGAGAGAGCGCGUGAGGGAGUGCGUCAGAGAGCGCGUAAGAGAGCGCGUGGGAGUGCGCGUAAGAGGGCGCGUGGGAGUGCGCGAGAAAGAGCGUGUGACAGAGGGAAUGCGCAAGAGAGUGCGCGAGAGAGAGCACGUGAGGGAGUGCGUGAGAGCCCUGACUUUGCUCUCAAUGGCGUCUACCAACUCCAAUGCUGGUGGUGUUGAAGGCAACAACUCCAAUGCUGAGCUGGAAGCUUGUGUGCAGAAAAUUGACCUGAACAACAUGGAUGAGGAAAUGGCUGAGAAGGAACCUGCUGUUGACUCCCCUGCAAGGGACCCUCCAGCUGCUGAAAAUUCCAAGGAGAAGGAAGGGGAGUCUCAGGAGGAUGACAUUGAGUUGGAAGGGGAGGAGGACAUUCUGCAUGCUGAAAUUGCUAAGCUGCAGGAUCAUGCUGUUGAGCAGGAUACGCGCAUCCAGCAGCAGCAGUCACUCAUCACCAACCUCACGAGGGAGCUCUCUGACCAGGACGACAAAAUCAAGUACCUGGAAGUUGAGCUUAAAAACAUGAAGCAUGAUGCGCACGAGCACGUUCAUCAGCUGGCGAGGCAGACCUCAAAAAUCAACGAGCUGCGCGAGGCCUUCAGUGCCCUACGAAGGGAGACCAUGUAUCGCCCUGCACCACGAGCGGACCCGCCUGCCAACUCUGCUAGCGGUCGCACCAACCCUUCUCGCUUUGGUGGUGCAGUGGGUGACCCUGGUCCUUCUACGCAGCGCGCUGGUGAGCCGAGCACGCAGGCUUUUGGCUCUCUGCCAAUCACUCUGCCGCCAUUCAUCCAUGGCAAGACGGACGUGGCUGCGUGGUUGUCGAUGAUGACCGACCUGUUCAUGGCGCACAAGGUCCAAGACGACGCUCGCGUCGUCGCUGCCACCACCGUGCUGGACCAGAAUGCACAGCGAGUGGUGUAUGGCAGCAAGAUCCAGGCUAAGGCAGAUAGGAAGCCGUUUGGGUGGGAGGACUUUGCAUCUGCACUCAAGCAAGCUUUCCAGGUCCAGCCGACUCAGCUGGAGGUGCGCAGCCGCCUUGAGAAGCUGCAGUGCGGGAGCCGCACAGUGCAGCAGUACGCCAUGGAGUUUGAGGAAAUCUGGGUGCUCCAGAAACCGGCGGAACGCAUGAGCGAAGGCGAAAAGAUCCAUCUGUUCUUCAGGGGGCUGCCUGAGCACCUCAGGAACAUGCAUAUGACGGAAUGGGCUGGGGAGGCAUGGAGGUCCUAUGAUCACGUGAAGCGUGUGGUGGGGACCACUGAAAAGCACUUCCGCGCUUAUGCCAAAACCACUACCCAGCCGCAGCAGGCCUCAAGGCCGUCUUCUAGCACUGCGGGUCCAAGUGGAAGGCAGCAGGGAACGCCUUGGAAGGGCGGGAACCACAAGAGGCCCUUCCAGCAGGGGCAGCAGGCUGACCACAAGGCCAAGAAGGUUAACGAGGGUGGACCAAGCAAUGUCCAGAGCUGCUUCAAGUGCGGCAAGCCUGGACACAAGGGCUACGAGUGCCGCCACCGCAAGUCGGUGAAGUACUCUGGCAAGGCUAAGACGGACAACAGGCGCAAUGACGGCAGUGGCCCCUCGGGCAGCCAGCGGGAUUUUGCAAAGCCCAACUAG